AUGAAUGUCUCAAACGAAACGGAUCGCUCAACACACAGAACUAUUAGCGAUAUUUCGCCUCCAGGAUUAAUCGGAAAGAUAGCCUCUUACUUGCCAUUUAAUAAACUCGUUUUAUUUACUUCAUCUAGUGAGAACGUAAUUAGAACAAGUUCUCUAUCAAAUUUUUUCAGAGAAGUAUCAAUAAUUGAUCUGGAUUCUCUUCGUAGUAACCAAAAUUUUAAUGUUCAUCUAGAUGAUUUGCAUAUAUUCCAAUCUCACCUAUCAGACUUCUGUAGAAGAUUAAAAGUUAGGAUUAGUAGCUCAGCCAAAAUGGAUAAAGCUCCAAAUAAAAUUAUUUCAUAUGAUUUUGUUGUCGAAGAUUUUUAUUCUUUUGAUAAAAGUCUUUUAAAUAUUGUUGAUAGUCUAAAAAACCUAGAUUUGCAUUCAAAUGCUGUCAAAGAAGUAGAUAGAUUAUCCGAAUUAGUUGCUUUAAAUUAUUUAACUCUCUCUUUCAAUGAAAUAUCUAGCAUCCAGAAUUUGUCAAAUUUAAUUCAAUUAAAUCACUUAGACUUGAAAGGAAAUUUGAUUCAACCAGAUAACUUAGACUUGGAGGCAAAUCAAAUCUCUUGGAUCCAAAAUAUUUUGAAGCUAUAA